AGUUGUCUCUGUAACAGCAGAAACUGUCCUCGCUAGAGGUGGCUCAAAUUCAAAAUGCUGAAGAGGAAGCCAUCCAAUGCCUCAGAGAAGGAGAAACAGCAAAAACCAAAGCGCAGCAGCAGUUUUGGGAAUUUUGAUCGUUUUCGGAAUAAUUCCACAUCAAAAUCUGAUGACUCAACUGAGGUCCAUGAAGGGGAACUAACAAAUGGAAAUGAAGAACAAAAGAAAACUUCAAAUAAUGGAGCAAAUCUAGGAAAAAAAAUGAGGGCUAUUUCAUGGACAAUGAAGAAAAAAGUGGGGAAAAAAUACAUCAAAGCCCUUUCUGAGGAAAAAGAGGAGGAAAAUGGAGAGGAAGCCCUCCCAUAUCGGAACAGUGAUCCCAUGAUUGGAACACACACAGAGAAGGUCUCCCUGAAACCCAGCGACUCUAUGGAUAGCCUCUACAGUGGGCAGAGCUCUUCAAGUGGAGUAACGAGCUGUUCAGAUGGAACAAGUAACAGGGACAGUUUCCGGCUGGAUGACGACAGCCCCUACUCAGGGCCAUUCUGUGGCCGUGCCAGAGUGCACACAGACUUCACACCAAGUCCCUAUGACACCGACUCCCUCAAAAUCAAGAAAGGAGACAUCAUAGACAUUAUCUGUAAAACACCGAUGGGAAACAACAGCUGUUUGGAGCUCACACUCACGCCGUAUAUUCUUGAGCACUGCCAUUGA